AUGAUCACCAAAUUCAUGACCGAGAUCACCACGAAGUUCAACCCUUUCUCUCCGGCAGCAAAAUCCGCACGCCUCUUCCUGUCCUUCAUCCCGCCCACCGCCCGGUCCACGGGCAUGGUGAUCAACACCCAGCUCCUGCCCAAGGGCUCGACGGAGGCCCCGACUCUGAGCGUCAAGUUCAAGGACGGCAAGGUCAUGAACCUCGAUUGCGAACGCUUGGGAGUUAAGAACCUCAUCGAGGAGGUCGACCGACACUCUCGUGGUCUGCAGAAGGCCGCCGAUUUGACGGACUAA